GAAUAGAAGCGCGAGCUAUCUUGCGUCCUAAGUAGUAGCUACUUAAGGUACUAGCUACCGUUUGCUUCUACUAGCUACUUUUAGCUACUACCUCACCUCUUCUCGGGCUACACCCCGGGCAAGAAAACAAUCGAAGAAGACUUGCGGAUGCGGCUGCUGCAAGAAGACUACACAGAACAUGCCUUUUCCAGUGAACGUGUGGCUCAAGUCUGAAGGAAUCUGGAGUCUAAAAGAGUCCGAAGAUCGGACUGUGGCUCCUUCGGGUGCACCAUGCCUCCAGUGGACGAUGAGGACAAUUUGACCAUGUGGAAUGCUUUCAGGGGCGCUGUUGACCGAGGUGACUUGGAGGAAGUGAAUGAGAUGCUUGAGAAUGGAUGCAAUCCCUACCAGAAGGUGAGUGGCGAUGGGUCAAAUUGGACCGUGCUGAUGCUGGCAGCUAAUGCCGGGCAUGAGGAGUUGGUGCAAAAGUUUAGUAAAGGUGGAAAAGGAGUAAGCGAGAAGGAUUCCCAUGGAUUUCAGGCGAUGAUGCUUGCCGCUUUGAAGGGCCAUACGGGGGUUUGCCGCACUUUGUUGGAAAGGAAAGCUGAUUGCAAUGCUUGCAAUGAACAUGGUGAGACCCCCUUGAUGAUGGCGGCCGCCAUGGGCCACAACGAUGUCGUCUCGAUGCUCUUGGAUGCCAAUGCCGAUGCCAAUGCCUGCGACGGAAAUGCCAUGAGUGCGGUGAAGAAAGCCUCCCGGUGGGGCCAUGUGGAUUGCCUCAAGACACUUUUGCCCAAGGUGAACCAAGAUCCGCGUGAGAUGAAACAUUGCCUUCUCUUCGGGAAGCUCUAUGACCACCCAGAGGUCAUGGCAGAGAUUCAGAAGGUCUUGGAGCCCCCAGAAGAAGAUGUUGAAGUGUCUCAGGCUUGAGACAGUGUCACUACCAGCUGCGUUUCACAUCGUUUCACUCUGCAAGCACACCACGAGCUUG